AUGUGUAGUAUAUAUGGAAUGAAAUUGGAAGAGAGGAACGUUUAAAACUUAAAAGAUAUAUCCGAACUACUCUACCUAUCUUCUAUCGUCUACAAUUUAUUUUGUUACACUUUAAUUUCCAGAAGAUCGAACAUGGCAGACAGAGACGAGGUAGCAGAAGCUGUAGAGAUGGCUCCUCUGCUGAAGGAUCAAAAUGCGGUGGAGGAAGGGGGAGAUAUAUGGAUAGAGACAAAGAAGCUAUGGAGUAUUGUUGGACCGGCAAUAUUCACCAGAGUCUCGACAUAUUUAUUCUUCCUCAUCACUCAGUCUUUCGCGGGCCAUCUUGGCGAGCUCGAACUCGCUGCAAUCUCCAUCGUCAUCAACAUCAUCAUUGGCUUCACCUAUGGCCUUCUCCUUGGAAUGGCGAGUGCGUUGGAAACGUUGUGCGGUCAAGCCUUUGGAGCAAAGAAGUAUGACAUGUUAGGAGUGUAUAUGCAGCGAUCUUGGAUUGUUCUCUUCUUGUUCUCCAUCUUGCUCCUCCCUAUGUUCUUCUUUGCAACCCCGAUUCUUAAGUUUCUUGGCCAGCCUGAAGACAUUGCUGAGCUCUCUGGCACCGUCGCUGUUUUGGCCAUUCCUCUCCACUUUGCAUUUGUCUUUGUUUGCCCUAUCAUCCGAUUUCUCCAGUGCCAGCUCAAGAACGAAGUGCUAGCAAUAACGGCCGGAGUGACACUUGCAGUUCACAUAUUUGUGUCCUGGCUUUUUGUGUACGGUCUUAAGCUUGGAUUCAUAUGGACCAUGAUUACUUUUAGUUUGGCAUGGUGGCUCAAUGUCAUCAUCUUGUUUGUUUACAUCGUAUGGGGAGGUUGUCCGCUCACUUGGACCGGUUUCUCCAUGGAAGCUUUCACGGGACUAUGGGAAUACGCUAAGCUCUCUGCCUCCUCCGGAAUCAUGCUUUGCUUGGAGUUUUGGUAUUAUAGGAUUUUAAUUGUGAUGACUGGAAAUUUGGAGGAUGCAAAAACUGCUGUUGACUCUUUGUCUAUAUGCAUGUCGAUAAAUGGUUUGGAGCUGAUGAUUCCACUUGCUUUCUUCGCCGGGGCUAGGGUACGAGUGGCGAAUGAAUUAGGAGCAGGCAGCGGAAAAGGAGCAAGAUUCGCAAUGAUCAUAUCAGUGACACAAUCAUUAAUCAUCGGAAUUAUAUUUUCAGUGCUCGUAGUACUUCUUCGUGAUCAAAUAGGUUGGAUUUUCUCUUCAAGUGAAACCAUCACAAAAGCAGUUACCGAUCUCUCUAUUCUUCUAGCCUUCACGAUUCUUCUCAACAGUGUUCAGCCGGUUCUGUCCGGUGUUGCGGUCGGAUCGGGUUGGCAAUCAUUUGUGGCAUAUGUAAAUUUGGGAAGCUACUAUUUCAUUGGACUUCCUCUUGGAUUUGUUAUGGGCUGGAUUUUCAAGUCUGGUAUUAAGGGCAUGUGGGCUGGUAUGAUAUUGGGAGGAACUGCAGUUCAGACUGUGAUAUUGAUCUUUAUUACCAUGAGAUGUGACUGGGAGAAAGAGGUUCAGAAAGCAAAUGCCCGCGUUAAAAAAUGGUCUGUUUCCGAUGAAGGAAAUUGAAGACAAUCGAACGUCAAUAGUAUCAUUUGAAUCACUAUUGCUAGUAGUAAGUUACAUAAUCGGUGUAGUGUCUGGUUCCGCUGUCUAAACCUAAACCGGAGCAACGACCGAUUUGUUUCUUUGUUAUGAAUAAAGAAUUAAGUCUACUUUCACUA